ACCGGAUUAUUAGUACUGACUGUCAUUUUCCCCUCCGUCAGAUAGUAAAGACCCCCGUUCCUCUUAUGGUCCUGUCAGGUUUAGUGCUCCUCCUGAGCUCAGUAAUAGGCCACCCAACUGGGGCAGGCCCUUCAGGUGUCCUGGGCCCACGCCAGCCACUAAACCCCCAUAGUGUGACAUCUGACCCCUGAUGUGAUCUUCGACCCUGGUUGGAGCCAGCCUCUUAGUGUGGAUUGCGGGGCGGCCAUGGAGCUGGGCAGCUGCUUCAAGACCUAUGAGGACUUCAAGGAGUGCUUCAGCGCCUACAAAAAGGAGAACAGGUGCUCCUUCAUACUCAGAGACUGCGUCUCCGUCCGCUUCCACAACCUCAACCAUGGCACCUCCAUCCGCGAGGACAUCCUGACCCAAAAAACAAGAUGAUGAAAGGUGGAAAACAAGGCUGGAGAGACACAGUGGUCACCCCUCACUGGCCUUGCCAUACUACUGGACUAUUCCAGCCCUCCCUGGCCCAGAGCCAUAGAUGGCGCCACCCUGCACUGUGCACAUGACAGAUAUGUGCAGGUGAAAUUUGUCUGUAUUCGGACUCAGUCAAACAGGAAAAGAACACAGGAGGCAGAUAUGUGCCCAGCGUACUUGCUCCUGAGGUACAACGAGAGGCUAGAUAGACUAUUUAUCAGCGAACUAAACACACAGCAUAUACAUAGUGACUCUAAAACUGCUGGUCCUGGAGGAGACACCGCUGGCAAAUUUCAAAAGACAAUGUGCCUGCAGAAACUCCAGCACAUGCAGUCCACAGUCAAAAACGACCUCGACACUGCUGAGGAGUCCCCGGCUGAACCAUCAUCUGGCCUAGAUAAGGCACAAGGACCCUCAAAAUCAGAGCAGGAAGGCAUCACUCCUUCUGACCUGGCCAAGAUAGCAAAAGUGAUGAAGAACUUUCUUAAGGUAGAUGAGGGUUCCAUGGCUUCCUUCAGUGUGGGCAACAGCCAAGACCUGGACCGGCUCAGCUUCCAGAGCAGCAAGAUGAGUGACCUGUUCAUCCGCUUCCCAGAGAAUCUCUUGCUGCAUCGGGUAGAGAAUGCCCAGGGCCACAUCCUCUAUGCUUUCUUGGUGGAGAACAAGGAACGGGAAGGUCGAGUGGUGCACUUUGCUGUUCUCAAGGCUGAGACAGCCACGUCUGUGGCCAAGAUGCUAAGCAUCUUCACAGAGUUCAACUCUGACUGGCCCAAGGUCAAGGUGGUCUUUGUGGACCCUUCAUUCCCUCACCAGGCCAUCUUGCAGGAGAUCUUCCCUGCUGCCCGCAUCCUCCUUUCCAUCUACCAUACAACCCGACUCCUGGAGAAGAAGUUGCAUCGUAGUUCAGCAAAUCCAUCCUUUAAAAGACUCAUGAAGGAGGCCUUGCGGGAGGCCGUGUUUGUCACUUCCGAUGCCAGCCUGAAAAAUCUCGGUCAGAUGUCCCAGGCCCUACUAGAUGAGGAUCUCUUCAACUUCCUGCAGGCCCACUGGUUCACCUGUGAACUGCUGUGGUACAUGCACGUCAGGAAGGGCCUGCAUGCAUGUAACACCUAUAUGGACAGCCUAGACAUUGUCACCAGCAAAGUAUCAAGCCUCUUUCGGAAACAGCAAUCCCUGCUGGACUGCAUCCUCUGCUUUGUGGAUUACAUAGACUUCUUUAAUACUAAAGGCUUGAAGAACUUGCCUACAGCUCCUCCCAAGCUGAAGAGAGCUCGGCCAGCAAGCAUGCCGCCAAAGUCCAAGAAGGCGUUUGGAACUUGUGGAGGGGGCCUCGCCAGGCUCCCUGUGGAAGAGACAAAACCAGACCCACAGCAGAUGCAGCAGCAGCCACAGGUGCAGCCCUCCCGGGGUGGCAUGCUUGACACCCUGCACCAGAAUGGCUCUGAACUAGCCUACAAACUGUGCCACAAUGAGUGGGAGGUGGUACAGAACUCCACCCAGCUGGUGGACGUGGCUGGCUCCUCGGUAGAUGUUCAGCUGCUGGAGGACUCUCACCAGGUUAGCAAAGAUGGCUGCAGCUGCAGCUGUUCCUUUCAGCAAUGGUACCACCUGCCGUGCCGGCACAUUUUGGCCCUGCUGCACACCAGCCAGCAGCCAGUUGGUGAAGCUAUGGUGUGCCGCCGGUGGCAGAAGAAGUACCAGCACCUCCUUGGGCCCAAUGGGGAGCUCCAAGACCACGGUGUGGCCUCAAACACAGGCCAGCCUGAGCAGCAAGGACGGUACAACAUGAUUCAGGACCUAAGCAUGGAGCUGGCAAACCUCCUAAUGCAGACGGAGGGGCCAGAGCUGGAGGAACGCUGUUCCACCCUGCGCAAGAUUGUGGAUAUCUGGGCUGACCCCUGUCAGCCUGAGUCCAUUCAGCAGCCAGGAGACGUGGGCCACCUCCCUUUCCUCUGGGGAAAGCAAGAGGAAGGGGACAGACUCCCUCCUGCUGCAGCCAUGAUUGAUUCAUGAUUGAAGCGCUUUCACUGGCGCAUUGGACCACAAACCCCUCUCCUUGGAGGUUCAGGAGUUCAAAGUGGCAGGACAUGCUAGGGGCCAGCAUUCCAACCAGUGUGUUCCUGGGUAGGGCUGGGGAGACUGCUACAAGCCCCACUGUGUGACAGUCCUUUCAAUCUGCCUCUUUUUAGUCUACCUUUGGUAUUCCUUGGGAGCCUCAUUUGUUGUUCAAGGCCAAAGUUAUCUCCAUGCUAAAAAUCGUCCCUCUCCCUCUUCCAACCCCUGAGAUCAGAUCUCAUUCAUCCUGCAGAGAUGAACCCCUACCCCAAGAUAGACAAAAUGGGUCUGGUAAAAGGGCCUAUUUUCAGGGACAAAGGGAAAGAGAGUGAUCUUUGGCUGUUGCUCUUUGUGAAGAAUCUGUUACUUGUAAUUAUAUUUAUUUAUGUUAAAUAAAGUAUGUGUUUUUAAGUAAAAUAAGCAAGGGAAA